CCCAAGCCCCAACGGCAGAAAUUCCCCGAGACAAAAGCUGCAAUAAGCGAAGGCAAUCGAAAUGAUGGACGGAGAAACUGCCGAAAUCAGACGGAUUCCCAGGCCGCCGAGCCCCUCACCCAUCCGUUUCUCUUUCCCCUCCCCUUGCCGAGCUUUCCCUCCCCCACUCCGAGGCAGGUAUCUGAGAGAAAAGGCUCUGCCUUGCACAGGCUCUGCCUUGCACAGGCUGUGUGGCAGCAGGAGGGGAGCUGGAGGCGGCGAGGCAGAGGGAGCCGCGCACCGGGCCGGGAGCGCUGCGUGCCGGGGCCGCCGCCGGGGCCGCAUCCCGGGCGCGGAGAGCAGGCAGCCUCCUGCCUGCGGGAGCACCUUCCCUGCGCUCUCGGCUUGGCGUCUGCACCAGCUGCUGGGAGUCUACAGAGGGCAGAAUGGGCUGAGGAAGGCUGCUGGCGAGGCAGCUCGCAGCGCUUGUGCUGAAAAACAACUCGGCGGGGGUGUGGGGGGUGUGUGCAGCUGAGCCAAAUGCAGCAGCCAGAAACAACCCGAGAGGAGAACCAGCGACGGCAAACCCCCGGGCUGCAGAAUUCCCUGCCUCUGGAAUGAGAUACCUGUCUGUGGGCUGCCGAGCUGCCAUCCAAAGGCUUCUUGCAAAGACCCUGAGGAAUUGGUGGUGUUGUUUGCUUCUGCCGUGAGCCUUUUCCCGGCGGCCGCCGAGCAGCCUGCCCUGGCAAAUUGCUGCUCCGGUAGUUUUGAGAGGAGCUGGCAUCAUCUGCACCGGAUUCUGAGGAUGGGAAGGGUCAAGGCAUGGCUGGAGCCAGAACCCUGAGGCUCCCCGGGACACGGAUGCUGUGAGGCGAAGGGUUAAAGUGGGAUCAUGGGAGGGAAGCAGGUCAAAUGUCUUACAUCACCCAGUCCUGUCCACAGUGCAAAGAGUGAAUCCACUGUAGCCCCAUCAGAGGAGAAGGAGAGGCUUGUAAUCAUCCACACUGAAGAAAGAGAAACUAAAACAGAAGAAACAGAAUCUCAUUUCCAGCCUGAGUGGCAAGCAAGGAACCCUGGGUCCUGUUUGGAGAAUUCAUGGGAGGAGCAACUUCUGGAACAACAGGACCACUUGGAAAAGGAAAUGGAGGAAGCAAAGAAGAUGAUUUCAGGUUUGCAGGCUUUAUUGCUCAAUGGAUCUUUACCUGAGGAUGAGCAGGAAGGAUCCUUUGAACUUUGUGAACGUGGAGCCUGCCCUGAAGAACAACUGAUCAUCAUCCGAAGUCGUCUGGACCAGAGCGUUGAAGAAAACCAAGACCUAAAGAAGGAGCUGCUGAAGUACAAGCAAGAAGCUCGAAACCUCCAGGGGAUAAAGGAUGCUUUGCAGCAGAGGCUGAUUCAACAGGAUGCUUCAGUUCUUCAGCUAAAGCAGGAGCUGCUGAGAGCCAACAUGGACAAGGAGGAGCUGCAAAACCAGAACGCUGACCUUCAGAGGAAGGUUGAGGAGAGAAACAGGCUGCUGGCAGAGUACAAGAAAGAACUCUGCCAGAAGGACCGGCACUUACAGCAGCAUCAGACCAAGCUGGAUGAAAUGCUCAGGCAGCUCUCUGAGGCCAGCUUCCAGCAGGUGGACUUGGAGCGGGAGCUGGAGCACAAAGAGGCUCUGUUGGCUCACUGCAUGAAGAAAGAGGCAGAGGAGGUGAUUGCUUACAGCAGUCUCAGUGCUCACAGCAAUGGCUUCCUCCAGACAGCAGGAAAAGGAGCUGCUCCCACAGCCCACCGAGGGACAAAUGACUUGCAGCUGGUUCGAGAUGCCCUUCGCAGCCUCAGGAACAGUUUCAGUGGCCAUGACCCCCAGCACCACACCAUUGACAGCCUGGAGCAGGGCAUCUCCAGCCUGAUGGAGAGGCUGUACCACAUGGAAACACAGAAGAGGCAAGAGAGAAGGAUCCGGGGGAAAUCACCAGUGAGCAGAGCAACAAAUGAGUGUAGAGAGUCCUGGCCUCCUAAAUCCAAGCUGCCUCAUUCUCACAGCACCCCUGUGAUGAGCACCAGUGCCUGCACCAAAGUGUUGUACUUCACUGACCGCUCCCUCACACCUUUCAUGGUCAACAUACCAAAGAGGUUAGGGGAGGUGACUCUGAAGGAUUUCAAGGUAGCUAUUGACCGUGAAGGAACCCACCGGUACCACUUCAAAGCCCUGGAUCCAGAGUUUGGCACAGUCAAGGAGGAGGUAUUCCAUGAUGAUGACAUCAUUCCUGGUUGGGAAGGGAAAAUCGUGGCCUGGGUGGAAGAAGACCACGGGGACAAUUAAUCCAAGCUGUUCCAUCUCGUCGCUAUGGAAACCUGUAACUGGAUGCUGAGUUCAAAGAAUGCCCCCCCCCAAAAAAGCAUCUGUGCUGGGAGGAGGCCAAUUGAAGCUGCCAAAAACCUAACCCCAAACCAAAACUGAAGAGGGCUUCUCUGCAAACAAUGGACAGUGCCCUGCUGGGAGCGUGGGUGCCUGGCAUCUGACUUGCCAUGCUCAAGUGCAGAGACUCCAAGGAUAGGUCUGUGGGAACGAAGCCCUUUGCUGUGCCCCAUCAGCUGAACUCUGGAGGCCUUAAGGAUGCAUUGCUCCCUUCCCCCCCCCCCCCCCACCCCUGCUGCUGCUCCACCCCUCCCGUAUGCGGUGCAGACUCUGAGCUGGUUUGGGGCAUGUGGGGGUGCAUAAAUCUCUGCUUCUUGAGUCAGGAGAAGCCACAGCAACACGAGCUGAAGGUUUGCCCAGCUUUGGUCUUGGACUUGCUGCGUGCUGUGGGAGCAAAGGAAACUGUCUUGGACAUUCCAGACUGACCUGGGGAGGGAUGCUACUCUCCUAGAGGAUUCAUGCAUGCUCUAAAGCAAAGAUCACCAGCUCAGAGGAGCUCCUUUUGUUCCAAACUCAGGCUUCCAUGUCCCAGGCCUGCUGUUCCCAGUGGCUCUCCAAAGCUGUACUAGUUUCUGAGCCCCUCUGGGUUUGCUUUGUUGCCAUGGGGGCUGUGGGCUCUUGGUGCUUGCUCAUUUGCUGAAGGAUUUCCUCUACAGGCAGCUGGAAUUGGCUGUUUUCCUGAGGUACUUCAUCCCUUCUCCUCGUUGAGCCUCUUCCCCUUGCUCUCCUGCCCUCUCUUUCUAGCAGCUAGACAGUUUGUCACCUCCUGCACGCAGGCAUCAUUGUGCUGUUAGCAGCUCAUUGCCAGGGCCACCAAACACUUCAAACACCAGCGGGACAGCCCUCAUCGGGGACACCACCAGCGCCCUGGCAGAGGUGCUCCUGGGGUGCCUGAAGGACCAGGAGAUAAAUGCCUGCUUGGCUAACAAAUAGCCCCGGGUGGCUUUGCGGCUGGGUUGGUUUGUCCCCUGCCCUCCUGCUGUCACUCAGCUGUGCUUCCAGAGUGCAGCAGACGACAGUUGACUUAAGAGAGGUCAUCUGGCAAAGGCAAGGCUCUGCUCAUCCUCCCUUCCACGUGGGCCACCCGUGGGCUACCUGCCUGUGCCCUGCAUGAUGCUGGGAGAGGGGGGGGGAGCCUGGGUUUACUGUUUUAUAUUAACCUGCCCUUUUGUAAACACCUCCCUCUUCUUGGAAUUCUUUUUGUAUUUCCACUUGUCUGCAGACUGUGGCUAUUUUUCUGCCGUGGUGCAAAGUGCUCUCUGUCCAUUUCUGCACGCAUGGUACUGUGCUUCACUCCUUUGCUAGUGGAUGCUGAGGGGGUUGUAUCAUCCCCUCUUAACGCUGGGCUCAUAACUCUGUGUUACCCAGGUCCUACUGGUGU